AGUAUUACAAGUGUUUCUUCGUUAGCUAUUUUUACUGCUUGUUGAACUAGCAUCCGCAAGUAUUCAACUUGCAUUGAUCAUAAUGCAUGCCUUGUGCCUUGGAUCAGUCCCAGGGUGUGGAUAGACGCUUCUAUCUAUGUGACAUCCUUGAUAUAUUUUAGCGGUAAAAAUGCCAGAGCUUGCUGGCAUGGAGAACAAUGAGGACCAGCUCUUGUGGUUGGAAGAGGAUGCGGAGGAAGAUAACCAGCAGCAGGAUGGGGUAGAGCUAAAAACGUCGGGGCUCAGCGUCGGCGAGACGGGCGAGGAUGCGCACAGCGCAGCGGUUGCCGCGCUUGAGGAUGAGCUCCAUCGGACACGCAAGGAGUUAAUGGAUGUUCGCAAGGAGCUGGCAGCCAAGACCGUGCAGCUCUCCCGCAAGGAGGUUGCCGUGUCUCAGGAGCGGGUGGCGGAGCUGGCGGCCCACGUGGCCACGGAGAAGGACCGCCAGCUGGUCAGCCUGGCUGCACACGUGGAGCAGCUGGAGGCGGCGCUGGGGCACAAGGAGGAGGAGCUGGAGGAGUGUCGGCGCAUGUACACAGCUCAGAAGCGGGCGCUACGAGAGGCCCUGGCGGCGGCAGCGGAGGCGGAGGCGGCGGAGAGGCAGGCGGAUGAGGCGCGCGCGCGGACAGCGGUGGCGCAGGCGGUGGAGGACGAGUUGGAGCAGCUGCAGCACGAGCUGGCCCUGCUGCAGGCCCGCUAUGACCUGGAGAUGCGAACUCGGGACGCGGAGCUUCAGUCCCUGCGUAGCGAGUUGCAGGCAGCGAACAGCAGCAGGAAGCAGGCGGUUGCGGCUGCCGAGGCGGCUCUUACCGAGGCCUGGCAGGCUGAGGUGGUUCGGGCCACCGCAGCUGCGGAGGCGCGGGUGGGGGAGCUUGAGGCGGAGGUGGCGAGGGUGCGACUGCACUUGGAGGAAGCAGCCAGGAACACGGACGCGAUGGCCCUAGCGGGCGAGCUGGCCUCCCUGAACCAGCAGAAGGUGGCGGUACAGCGCGAGUUUGAGGCCUUCAAGGAGAUGGCCACCGCAGCGGCCCGCCAGAACCGGGAGGACACCGCUCGCCUGCUGGAGGAGAAUGCGGGGCUGAAGAGUAGGCUGGCGGCCAGGGCGUUUCAGGACGUGCAAGCGGGCUUCAAGCCGCAGUCCAAGAUUUUCUCAGCGCUGUCUCCCGGAGCAGCUACCUCGGGCGGGCGCAGCGGCGGAGGCGGCUUGGCGGGGCCAGAUGGGGAGGAGCUGGGCGGCUGGAGUGACCCUGGGUCGGCCUGGAUGAACCAGCUGCCCGCCAUACUGACGCAGCUUGAGCGGAAGCGCAAGGGUUUGGUUCCGGUGCUGUUGCUGGGCAGCCUGGCAGUCCUGUUUGUGUUGGUUGCCGUCAUCCGGGCGGCUGCCGUGACCCGCAGCGAGCACCGCGGGGGGCUGUGCUUCCUGGCGCACCUGGGGAUAAACGUGGGGGAGGGCUGCGGUCUAGACGCGCGCCAUGCGGUUUCCGCGGUGGCAAGUCAGGAGCUGGGGGCCCUGCUAGACCAGGCGCCCCGCGUGCAUGACGUGGACACGGUGGAGAUAGGGG